AUCUCUUGUCUCUCUCUCAAAUAAGAGAAGACUGAAGAAACCCUAAAGGCUAAAAUACCCACGCUCUCUUCUUUUGUCUUCAUCAACUCUGUCCUCAAGCCUCUUCUCUUGGACGGUUCUUUGAAAGUCUCUACCUUUCGAUAUCUUUAGAUUCUUGACUGACAAUGCGUGGUGGGUCAGAGUUGGAGCUAGGGAAGAGUAAUCUUCCGGCUGCUGAGAGUGAGCUGGAGCUCGGAUUAGGUCUCAGCCUCGGCAAUGGCGCGUGGAGAGAACGGGGAAGGAUUCUAACGGCUAAGGAUUUUCCUUCUGUUGGGUCUAAACGAGCUGCUGACUCUUCCUCUCACCAUGGAGCUUCUCCUCCUCGUUCAAGUCAGGUAGUGGGAUGGCCACCAGUUGGGUCACACAGGAUGAACAGUUUGGUUAACAAACAAGCUAUGAAAGCUGAAAAAAGAGAAGGAAAAGAAGAGGGGAAGAAGAAAGUUAUGAAGGAAGAAGAUGAGCCUAAAGAUGUCCCAAUGAAGGUAGUUCAGGGUUCAGGGUUUGUGAAAGUGAACAAGGAUGGAGUUGGUAUAGGCAGAAAAGUAGACAUGAGAGCUCAUUCAUCUUAUGAAAACUUGGCUCAGACGCUUGAGGAAAUGUUCUUCGGAAUGACAGGAAAGGUGAAACCUUUAAGACUUUUAGACGGAUCAUCAGAGUUUGUACUCACUUACGAAGAUAAAGAAGGUGAUUGGAUGCUUGUGGGUGAUGUUCCAUGGAGAAUGUUUAUAACUUCGGUGAAAAGGCUGCGUAUCAUGGGAACCUCGGAAGCUAAUGGACUUGCUACAAGACAUCAAGAACAGAAGUAGUGACUCUUCCAAAGCAAGCAUUGACAUAGUUUUUUUUUGGUUUGGCAAGUUGCUCAAUAAGUAUACAUAAAAGUUGAAGCUUAGAUUUUGAUAUAUUAAUCAUAGGUUCCCGGAUAUGGCUUUUCAGGUGAUUCAACUCUUGGUCUUUUUCUUUCAGUUGUGUCUCAGAGAGAAUGGUCUUGAUAUGUAUUAUCUUCUCUCACUUUGUAAAUAGUUGAAGCUAUCUUAUGUGAUGGGAGUUCCGUUUCUUGUGAUGACUGUUCUUGAUUCCUGAGGAAUGAAACUCACUUUCCUUAAAUAUGGUUCCAUGUUUUUACUGUCUUUUGGUGUUUCAAUCGAUUGAAGACA